AGACAUAUUCUGGACUGCUACAAGGCCUAUUACACUAAGAUUCAUGGAUUCGCCGAGCUCUGCUUCCUUUACAAUGUCUGGAUUCAUGACCGGGAGGAAUGGGAGGGGCACUGCCAAGGCCACAUCGACUAUAUUGCCCAGUUUCCUAUUUGGGUUGAUCCGCUCGUAUAUGACGGAGUUCUUGCGGUUGCGGGAUUUUGCGAGUGUUGCUUAAUCAAUCCGCGAUUACCAGCUUCUGCACGAAUGCGUCAAUUUCCGUGGCGCCAUACCUGGUACCGUCAUUAUCAAUCGCACUACGAG